UAGAUGCCGGUUGGCUGACCUGUUGCUUGGACCUUCCAGCCUCACGUGUAUGCCCACGUGCUCCUCUGACAUUUUUAUCCCGUGUUGGUGCACAUUUUGAAGCCAAGGGACUGUCUAUCCAGUGUUCUUACCUCCGCGUACACUCAAACCCGCUCUUGUGUUUAUUUCGCAGAACUGUGAUGUAUGUGCUUUGGCCAUUGCAAGGCCCUCGAGGGUCAGUGACUACCUGUUCCACACGAUGAGUAACAGCCACCCUCUUCGCCCCUUCACUGCAGUGGGGGAGAUCGAUCACGUGCACAUUUUGUCUGAGCACAUUGGUGCCCUGUUGAUUGGCGAAGAAUAUGGCGAUGUCACAUUUGUCGUGGAAAAGAAGCGCUUUCCUGCCCACAGGGUAAUUUUAGCAGCCAGGUGCCAGUAUUUUCGGGCAUUACUGUAUGGUGGAAUGCGAGAGUCUCAGCCUGAAGCAGAAAUUCCUCUCCAAGACACCACUGCAGAAGCAUUCACAAUGCUCCUCAAAUACAUCUACACUGGGCGGGCGACACUGACAGAUGAGAAGGAGGAGGUGCUGUUGGAUUUUUUGAGCCUGGCUCACAAGUACGGAUUUCCAGAGCUGGAAGAUUCUACCUCCGAGUAUCUCUGCACCAUACUUAACAUUCAGAACGUCUGCAUGACUUUCGAUGUCGCCAGUCUCUACUCGCUGCCCCGGUUAACGUGCAUGUGCUGCGUGUUCAUGGACAGGAACGCUCAGGAGGUGCUGGUCAGCGAGGGCUUCCUCUCCCUGUCCAAGACAGCACUUCUGAACAUCGUUUUAAGAGAUUCGUUUGCUGCUCCUGAGAAGGAUAUUUUCUUAGCCUUGUUAAACUGGUGUAAGCACAAUGCAAAAGAAAAUCAUGCUGAAAUCAUGCAGGCUGUGCGUUUACCUCUAAUGAGCCUCACUGAGCUUCUGAACGUUGUGAGGCCCUCAGGACUGUUAUCUCCAGAUGCUAUUCUAGAUGCUAUCAAAGUGCGGUCAGAGAGCCGGGAUAUGGACCUCAACUACAGAGGCAUGCUCAUACCUGAAGAAAACAUUGCAACUAUGAAGUAUGGAGCCCAGGUUGUGAAAGGAGAGCUGAAGUCGGCCUUGCUGGAUGGCGACACUCAGAAUUAUGACUUGGAUCAUGGAUUUUCCAGGCACCCCAUCGAUGAUGACUGCCGCUCUGGCAUUGAGAUCAAGCUUGGCCAGCCAUCCAUCAUCAACCACAUACGCCUGCUCCUGUGGGACCGCGACAGCCGUUCUUAUUCCUACUUUAUUGAAGUGUCCAUGGACGAACUGGAUUGGAUCAGGGUGAUAGAUCAUUCACAUUACCUGUGUCGGUCUUGGCAAAAGUUGUAUUUCCCAGCUCGUGUCUGCAGGUAUAUUCGAAUAGUUGGGACUCACAACACAGUGAACAAGAUUUUCCACAUUGUGGCUUUUGAAUGUAUGUUUACAAACAAAACCUUCACGCUGGAGAAGGGCCUGAUAGUUCCCGUGGAGAAUGUUGCAACGAUUGCAGAUUGUGCCAGUGUGAUUGAAGGAGUCAGUCGGAGCCGAAAUGCCUUGCUGAAUGGGGACACUAAGAAUUAUGACUGGGACUCUGGCUACACGUGUCACCAGCUGGGCAGUGGUGCGAUUGUGGUUCAGCUGUCACAACCAUAUAUGAUUGGGUCAAUACGGUUGUUACUCUGGGACUGUGAUGACCGAAGCUACAGCUACUACGUUGAGGUCUCCACCAAUCAGCAGCAGUGGACCAUGGUGGCUGACAGGACCAAAGUAGCCUGCAAGUCCUGGCAAUCAGUCACUUUUGAAAGACAGCCCGCCUCCUUCAUCCGAAUCGUUGGAACACACAACACAGCAAAUGAGGUCUUCCACUGCGUCCACUUUGAAUGUCCAGAGCAGCAGAGCAGCCAGAAGGAAGAGAGCAGUGAGGAGCCGGCGACGGGGGACCCCAGCACCUCCAGUCAGCAGCUCGACCCUCAUGCACUUCGGGCUCCCAGUGCCAGCUCGCUGCCCCCGAGUCCAGGCCCCAGCUCACGCUCCACCAACCAACAGCACCAAUAAAGGAGGCAGAGGAUGUGGUGUGACUUGGGUGGGCCUGGAUGGAGCAGGAGUGGGCCCUUCCAGGCAGGGCCCUGUGUCAGCACCCACCCCCGGCCUUGGGAGGAGCAGACCUGCCUGCGGAAGCCACCCCAACCAGGUCUUUUCCCUCCGGGGACCGAAGGGCACCUGUGUUCUCACCACUCUUGAGGCAGGCUCCCAGGGGGGAGGAAGUGGGUCUUGAGUCUUCAAUCCCACCAUCAGUCCCUACCUCUAAUCUUAACCCAGGUACCAGUGUAGACGGACUCUCUAAACAGGCCCAAGCUGGAAUCAAAAAGGAAGGAACCCCCCAGGCUUGACACAACCAGGAAAGGGCCCAGACCCUCGCAGUCCGAGGUGUCCCCUCUGCAGCUCCCAUUGCCCUGGCUACUUGGUGCGGUUCUUCCACCUGCAGAGUCGUGGGUGUUGCAGGCUCGUGGAACUCUCUGAACCUCUGCAGAGGCCGUCCUCAGGCUCCAGAGCAGAGGCUGUCCGUCCCAAGGGAGACCAGGCCCAGCAAGCGUAUUGUGCCAUCUGGCCUGACCAGGGCAGUCCUUGAAGUUCAACCAGGCACAAUGCGCAAAUCAGUCCGCGGACCCUGGAGUCAAAAGUUGAUCAAAUAGCCGCCGUUAGCCCGUCGUUCGUGGUGCACCAGCCUCCCGCCUGCCAGGCCGGCGAGCCAACUGCUGCCACCCAGCUGCUAGAGAACCGUCCAGAUGCCUGUGUCGACGGCACUGCAGUCCUAGGCCGACCCCACUGGGCCUCAUGGUUUGGCCAGCAGAUGGGUGUCAGGGGCACAGGCCUGGGAUUGCACAGCAGUCUCCCAGGGACGGUGAAGAGUGGUUCUCAGGCGUGUUCAGCUUCGACCGCUGCAGCUCUGCCCAGCUCCCUCUCCGGUGGUUUCCAUGCAUCAUCCUAGGGCCCCACAAGGCCACUUAACAUGUCCUGCCAGCAAGCUCAGAGGAGGACAGGCCUUUGGGUCGGGUCCAGUUCUAGACGUGAGGACAGGUCAGCCCGCCUUCUCCGAGCUUGACUUAGUUGGAGCAACUUGUCCACACGGACGAGGCGGCAGCAUGAGACCACAGGAGCAGUGGAGCUGGUCUUCCAUGAGCUCAGGCCUGGGGUUGCAGAGCCAGUCCUCAGGAGACCAGGGAACUGUCCGAGCCUCAGGCUUCAUUUUGCCGUGUGGUGAGGCUGCCUCUGGUAAGGGCCUGGAGACCUGCUCCUCAUCCCUAGCAAGCAGAACUCCCUGCCAGGACACAAGGAUCCCCAGGCCUGUGGAGGGUGGAGUUUGCCUCUUUUGGAAGAUAACUUGGAGAGCUUUUGUUCUUGCUCAUUCAUUUGCGUAAGGAAGGUUCCCCCUCUGUUGUGUAGGUUGGUCACAGUCAUAGCAGUCCUCCUGCUUUAGCACCCUGAGCUCUGGGCUUACAGGUAUAAGGUAGCACGGGCCGCCAUGAAGCAUUCUUUGUAAAGACAGAAGACAAGACGCAGGGCCAGACCUGGAGCCCAGCAGCUUCCCUGGGGCAGUGGGUCUGAGCACCCACAGAUGCCCCCCCACACCUGUCAUGCUAGGCACUGGGCACUCAGUGCUCUAGGCAGCCUCAUUUCCCCUCUGGCAAGGACCUGCAGAAUCCCAGACCCACACCCUGUCCCUCGUCCCUUCAGACAGUAUUGUGCAUUCAGGUUUUAAGGCCAUGGACUCUGGUUCCCUUCAGUGUAGACACUGCCAUGGUGCCUCCAUCAGAUUCGCAGGAGGGGGAUGGGGCGUCAGAGUGCCAUGCCGGGGUGGAGUUCUGAGAAGCGUGCCAAGUCAUCUGAGCUGACCCCACAGCUGCCCCCUGGGAAGCCUUUCACGGCUUGACACCUGCUUAGGACACAGGAGGACACUGGCCUGGCUAACCUCCACCAGACACAGGAGUGCGCCCUUGGCUGAUGGGCAAGCUGGUGUGCCUAGAGGCCAUAGCCGAGGCACCACAGCCACAUCUAAGGUAAGGUCAUUUCCCGGGGACAGAGAUGAGCCGGAGCCUGGCUUGACCCCUGCAGGGUUGCGCCUUCAGCCAGCAGACUGGAAGUGGGACUUGAGAGCUGAGCACAAGUGCUAACAGCAGGUCAGGCUAACUAAAACUAGGAGGAUCCCACGCACCAAACGGCCCUGGUACCCUACAAAUGGAUGCUGACUCUGAGGAACGUUUGGGUGCCAGGAAGAGACAAUCAAGCUAUGGGGGACAGAGGCAGUACGAGCCAUUGCUCCUGCAGCCUGCCUUGCCCCUGAGGGCAGCUGUGUGAACACAGCCCAGGUGGGCUCAGCUUGGAGGGUCGUGGCUACCCAAGAUGCCUGGAGCCGGCUGUGGAAUGGCACCUGCUGCCAGGCCGGGUGGCCACUCCAGAGCUUCCUGCCCUCUGAUCAUGUUCUUCGGGACGCAGAGUCAGUCCAUGCUGGGGCUUUCAGAAGGGCUCAGUCUCACCCACAGGGACUCUGGGGGGACCAUGUGGGGUGUGGGGUGGGCUGGAGGGUGGCUGCUCCCAGCACAACAGGUUCAAGCAGCCACGGAGGUGGUGGGCUGCUCGGGCCCAGAGCUUCCUCGGCACUUUUCCUGUUGACUUCAGCGGAGCCGAGCGCGGGGUAGAUGCGGGCUCUUCUCACUGCUUCUCCCAACUGUCACUUGUUCAGUCUUAUUAAAUGAAGUGUUGAUUCCUGACAAAUACAA